UCUUUCAUUUUGAAACAAAUGCAAUUUACAUUUUAUUUCAUUUAACUUCAAAGCCCCUGUUAUUUUGGAAAAUGGAAAACUCUGUUGGUUCAGCCAUUGAAAAAAUUAAGUUGCACGAACAAGACAAAGAAGCAAAGUUAAAAGAAAAACGUGAAUUUGAAGCUAAUAUCGCAUUCUUACAGCGUAACUUAAAAGAGAUAAACACUCAAAUACACAAAUGUUCCCAGGAGGAAGGUAUAUUAACUCAAACAAAUAUCAAACUAAAAUCUCAAUUGGAUGUAGAAAAAAUUAGAAAUAAGGCUCUUUCAACUCAAAUAGAGUUACUUAAAAAGGACUUAAUAGAGUUGCAACAAAAAAUAAACCAAGAUAUCUCAUAUGUUUGGACUAUCCGUUCAUCUUUUUGUGAAACGGUACAAAAAACAUCGAACAAAUAUAACGUGUGGGCGUUAUUAAUGAAACCAAUGUACGCAGAAUCAAUACAAUGUAAAAUUAAGAAAUCCCCCGAAAAACCAGUUUCUAAUAUUGGUAGACUAGAAGCUGCAAUUGAAAGGCGAAACAAAGCUACUGCAGAGAGAAACCGAUUAAUGGCCGAGCCUGAUCACGGCGAGGAAUUUGUUCGAAUUAAAAAUGCUUUACGUUACUCUCUGGAAAAGGUAGAAAAUCUGAAAGAAAACAUUAAUUAG